AUGGCGAUAAGACGUGUUGGGGCACGUCCACGUAAUCUAGAUAAUGAACUUCCUCCUUUGAUACCUGUCAAUAUUUGUUCAGCUCAUCAACAAAGACUUAUCGUUUCGGCAAUAUUUUGUGCAAUACUAGCGUUUAAAGGAUAUUAUUACAUUCAUUCUAAUGAGGCGGUGUCACUGCUUGGAAUAUUAACAACAUGGUGCAUUUUGGACGCCUUGUUUUUCAUGGGUUUAUAUAUAUUUCGAGUACCAUGGCUUCAAAAAUCCUUAUGGUUCUGGGUAUUCUGUUUCUUCGGUUCGCUUGUGAUCAAUGCAACUAUGCUUCAGCCUCGUUGGAUUUAUGAUGUCGGUUUAUCAAAGCACAUAUUAGAUUUAUUAAAUUCAUUUUAUUUGAUUAUACGGAAUCAAUAUAUCCGAUUAAAAGGCGAGAAAGUCCGUGCAAUCAGUAAAGAAGAAGAUAUUUUAAUUGAUGUUGUAAGAUAUAAUAAAUCUCACAUAGUUGGCAAGCAUAGUGUUCGCCUUUUACCUUUUGCUACUGCCAAAUUAAAUCCGGAUGAUGAUAAGCUAUGUUUACCAAGAUCAAAUUCUAAAAAAAAACCUGCAAUUAAAUUAUUAAUUUUAUUCAAUAAAACUUCUCCAAAUUCAAUUCGUUAUUCAAGAUUGGAUUUUGAAACUGGUGAAAGAACUAUGCAUGAUGUUUAUUCAAAAGAGAUCGAAAAACAUCGUAUGACUGAUGUGGUUCAUGGUGAUCAUUUAGAAUAUGUAAAUAUUCCAGUUAAUCAGCCAGGUGUAUAUCAACUUGAAGAAGCAUUAGAUCAUGAUGGAAUGGGAAUAAAGAUAUAUAAGAGAGAUAUAACUAUAGUUUAUUGUCCAAUGGCAAAAUUUGUAUUAAAAUCAGGUGCAAAUCUAUGCGUUGAGGAUGAAAUACAUGUUGACCUAAUGUUACAAGGUGUACCUCCUUUAAGUGUAAUCUAUGAAAGAAGAAUAAAUAAUUAUGCACUUAAUAUGACUAUAGACAGUAUCGGUCCUGAACAUUAUAUCUCUCCUCCAAUUAGAUCAGAUCAAGAAGCUGCAAUGUUGGCAUCAUCUGGAAAUUAUCUGUGGGCUCGUGAUCAAUUAACCGAGGUUCGGUUGAAUCUUUCUGCUGAAUUCGUUGCAGAUUAUUGGUUGAAAGUUUUACAACUUCAAGAUGUAUUAAAUAAUACAGUUAUUUAUAAAAAUGAUCAAGAUACAAAUGUUAAUGUUAGGUUUUCUGUUUACACACGACCCACCGCAAGUUUUUUUUCUGACUCUUCAAUAUAUAUUCGUCCUAAACAAUCUGCUAAAAUUCCAUUAGACUUACAAGGACAAGAACCAUGGAAUGUUAAAAUUGGGUAUUGGCCUGAGGACAUUGCUGAAAGUGAUGAUUCAGUCAUCCAACCAAUAGAAGUGCUUGAUAUGAUUAUAAAUAACCCAGACACAGAAAAUACGAUUAAAGUACAAAAACCUGGAAUGUACAGGCUUCUUUCAGUAAUAGAUUCCAAAUGUUCUGGCCAAAUUUUAGCUCCUUCCUUUAAGAAUGUGAUUCUCGCUCAUCCACCAACCGUCAAGUUAGAAGUCAGUCCUAUACCCGCUGAUGAUUGUCCUGGAGAAGUGGGUGUUGAAGUAAUCCUUUCAUUAACUGGAAUUCAGCCAUGGCAUAUCGAAUAUUCAAUAAUCUCUCAAAAUAAAGAAAAAAAAGAAUAUGUAAAAAUUGAAAAGUCAAGACAUUCAAUGAUUAUUAAGCCAACUGCUUCAGGACAAUACGAAUAUAGAUUUUUUCGUUUGACAGAUUCCAUUUAUCGUGAAGGUGUUAAAAUAGAUCAUAAAUUCUCUCAAACUGUACAUCCGAAACCCAAUGCUGCCUUUAAAGAUUUGAAAAAUCGACUUUUGAAUGGUUGUGUUGGAAGUCGCAUCGACUUGGAAGUAGAACUUACAGGAACUGGUCCAUUCACGUUAAUAUACGAAGUAGUAUUUAAUAGAAGGAUUAACGCGUUCACAAUUGCUGAUAUCCGAGGCUCAACUUAUGUUGUCACAUCUCCACCUUUUGAUAAUCCAGGCUUAUAUACUGUAACUCUAGUGAAAAUUACUGAUUCAAAAGGGUGUAACCAAAUCUUAAAUUCUUCAGAUUAUGUCACUAUUAACGUUAAAAAAGAUAAACCAACUGCUGGAUUUAGACAUUCACAUGAAAUUAUCAUGUUCCUUGAAGGAAGUAAUGUUAAUUUACCUUUACAAUUAACUGGUCAUGCACCUUGGAAUAUUUCUUAUCGCUAUCACGGUGACUUUGAAAAGGUUGAAAGAAAAUCAGAGAUCGCAGAUCCAAACUCAUUCUUAACCGUGUCGGAACAAGGAAUUUACGAAUUAUUAGAAGUUAAAGAUUCCUUUUGCUAUGGUAGGAUAAUUCCCGAAAUGAAAGAAGCUGAGGCGAGAUGGCUGCCACGACCAUCAUUGAGAAUAGCAGAAGGUGAUGCGGAACCAUUGCCUCAAAAAGGACAUUAUCGUCGUAGAAAUGUUUGUGAAGGAUCCGAAGAUUCGGUUGGUUUAGUUAUGGAAGGUCGAGCGCCAUGGGAAAUAUAUUAUAGCAUAAUCACAAGUGAAGAAGAAUUAACACGACAUCAAACCGUUGGAUACACAACAACUAAAAUACGGCUUAUGACAAAUCAAGCUGGAAAGCACCUAUAUAAUUUCACUAGUAUUGCUGAUGAUGUUUACAUUGAACCAAGUCCAAUAUUAUUAACUCUUGAACAAACCGUUAACGCUAAACCAAUUGCUCGAUUUCUCUCAACUGAUAUAAUAUUUCAUUGUGUUGAUGUUCCAUUCACAGAUAAAGAUAUUAAGAUCCAGUUAAAUGGUACACCACCUUUUAGUUUAACGUUUGAAGUUACUCAGGAAAGUAGCAAUAAGAUGGAAACCCUAAAGAUCGAAGAAAUUUAUGAAUCCAUAUAUAAUUUUCAUCCAUCAACAAGAUUUGCAAAGAUUGGAAAUUAUACUAUAUCAAUAGUUCAUAUAGUUGAUUCUCAGGGUUGUAACAAUGCAUUACAAGGACCAAAUAAUAAAAUAUCUAUUCAAGUUACUGAUGUGGCUUCAAUCGAUCGAACGUUCCAACAGCAAAUCCAUUGCGUUGGAGAUUUACUUGUUUAUAAGUUACAAGACAAACCUGGAAAUAUGACAAUAACCAAAGUUUGUCAUCAAGGAAAUCAAUGUUGUGGAUAUGUGUCAAAUUUAACAGAGAUUAUCUAUGAUCUUCCAACUGCUAUUGUCUCUGAAGGCAAAGAUAUUAUAUCGGAUAUUAGAGAAGGAGACAAAACUGAAAUUAUCGUCAAUUUUAUUGGUACUCCACCUUUCGAGUUUACCUAUACUAGAAGCGAGUUAUUGAUUAAUGAAAAAAAAGAACGUAAACCAGGUCGUAUUCUUGAAACUCAUACUGUUCUCAAUAUUCAUCAAUAUCAGCAUUCAAUUUUUACUUCACAACAAGGUGUAUUCCAAGUAAUCCGUGUAAAAGAUCGAUAUUGUGAGUAUCCACCUCGUUCAUAUAGAAGAUAA